AUGUCUCAACGAAGUCAAAUUGUACCAGCAUUAGCAUCAGCUGUUCAUUCAAGUACAGCAUUUCUUGAAGAAAUUCCCAUCAUUCAUGAUAAUAUAUCUCCAAAAUUGAACAAUUCAUAUCUUUACAAUGAACAUACUCGACUAAGAUCAACAUCGUCAGCCUCAUCAAAUCAUCCAUUAGAAUCAAACCACAAUAAUCAACCAUCUUAUUUACAUAUACCAUCAACAGUUAGUUCAACAUUAUCAACAGCGACCACAAAUAUUUUCCUGUCAACACCGUUGGAUGCCCGACGAGCAUUUACCUAUUUUGAUAAAAAUCAUGAUGGAAAAUUAACUGUUAAAGAAUUUAGAGAUGUUAUGCGUACAUUGGGUCAUAAAAAUUUUGAUAAACGAUUUAUUCAGAGAAUGUUUGCUGAAGCUGAUCGAAAUAAAAAUGGUGUAUUAGAACUCGAGGAAUUUGUUGAAUUUUUAGAAAGUAAAUUUUCAAUGUCAACAAAUUCAUUAGAUGAAAAUAGUAAAAUUAAUGAUCAUAAUAUUGAUCAAUCACGUGCACACUUUGAUAUUGAAAGUUUAUUUAAUUGUUAUGAUUUGGACAAAAAUGGUGUUAUUACAGCAAAAGAAUUACGAAAAGUAAUGGAAAAAAUUUUAGGUGAAAAAUUAACAAAAGAAGAUAUUGCUGAAAUGAUGAAAGCAGCUGAUUUAAAUAAUGAUGGUCUUAUUGAUAAAAAUGAACUUGAACAAUUAUGUAGUGCUUUUUGA